GCCACAGGAAUGACGGUGUACACGCCUCUGUGCUUCAGAGGAAAGAAGAUCCUGGCUCCCAUGGUGCGGGUGGGAACGUUGCCGAUGCGUCUUCUUGCUCUGGACUACGGUGCUGAUAUCGUGUACUGCGAGGAGCUAAUUGACAUAAAGAUGCUGCAGUGUAAGAGGGUUGUAAAUGAGGUACUAGACACAGUGGACUUCGUUGCACCUAAUGACAGAGUUGUUUUCAGAACCUGUGAAAAGGAGAGGCACCAUGUUGUCUUUCAAAUGGGGUCAGCAGAUGCUGAAAGAGCCCUGGCAGUAGCUAAACUUGUAGAAAGUGAUGUAGCUGGUAUUGAUAUCAACAUGGGAUGCCCAAAAGAAUACUCUACUAAGGGAGGUAUGGGAGCAGCACUGCUGUCUGAUCCUGACAAAAUAGAGUCUAUACUGACUACCCUUGUUAAAGGAAUUUGUAAACCAGUAACCUGCAAAAUCCGCAUUUUGCCCUCAGUUGAGGAUACUGUGAAUCUGGUAAAGAGAAUAGAAAAAACUGGUAUUGCUGCCAUUGCAGUCCAUGGAAGGAAGAAGGAGGAGAGGCCUCAGCACCCUGUCCGCUGUGAUGUGAUCAAAGCCAUAUCUGAAGCAGUUUCCAUUCCAGUAAUAGCAAAUGGAGGUUCUCAUGACUUCAUCAAAGAAUACACAGACAUUGAGACCUUCCGGAAAGCAACAGCUGCCUCAUCAGUAAUGAUAGCUCGUGCUGCCAUGUGGAACCCAUCUAUCUUCAGAAAAGAGGGUCUUUUUCCUUUGAAGGAGGUCAUGCAAGACUACAUCAAAUAUGCAGUGAGGUAUGAUAAUCACUACACCAACACAAAAUACUGUUUGUGUCAAAUGUUAAGAGAACAGCUGGAAACUACUCAGGGUAAGAAGCUGCAUGCUGCACAGUCCACACAGGAUAUCUGUGAAGUCUUUGAAAUGGCUGACUUCUAUGAAGAAACAACAGCUAUUUUUGAAGCAAAGAAAACAUCUUUAGAAACUGAGACAAAAGAAGAUGAUGAAGUGGAAGAUCCAGAUGUAAUAAAAAUGGCUGUUAGAUUUGACAAGCGAGAAUAUCCACCACAGAUUACUCCAAAAAUGUAUCUUCUGGAAUGGUGUAGGAAAGAAAAGCAUCCUCAGCCUGUUUAUGAAACUGUUCAGAGACCACUGGAUAGAUUAUUCUGUUCAGUAGUGACUGUAGCUGAGCAAAAGUACAGAUCUUCUCUGUGGGACAAGUCAAAGAAACUAGCAGAGCAGGCUGCCGCUAUUGUCUGUCUGAGAACAUUGGGUGUCCCAGAGGGAAAGCUGUGUGAGGGAGAAAAUCACCUUAUUAAUAAACGCAAGAGGGAAGACCAAGAGUCCUUGAAUAACAGAGACCGUGAAGAAGAUGCUGCUGAGCCUUCCUUUAAAAAAGCUAAUUUUAUUGAAGAAGCUUCAGACAUGAAUGUGCCUAAGAUGCCACGAUAGCAUGGAAAUUAGAGGUUUCCUGCCUAUGCAGUCAAAGAUUAGCUCCUAUUUGUAUAUCUUGCUGUUCACAUUUCAUUUGGAUUCUCUCCAAGAUGGAUAAAUUACCCGGUUGUGAAAAUUGCCAAUGAGAUGUUUACGGUUCACCACUCACUGUCCCUAUGGUGCCUUUCAGACAGGAUAAAUCAGCAACUUGAUUUUAGAGAACAUGGAGAAGAUUACCCCAAAUAAUAAAUUUUUUUAAAAUAUCAGGUAUUUUCAAAGCAA